GGUCAGCUUCCCUGGAGCAUGCACAAGUCUGGUCCUCUCUGCUCCUCGCCCCUUGGCGGCUUCGACCCGGAAGGCCCCCCAAGCAGCCUGCGGCAUGAUCUCCAUCACCGAGUGGCAGAAGAUCGGUGUGGGUACCACCGGCUUCGGCAUCUUCUUCAUCCUCUUUGGAAUACUCCUGUACUUUGAUUCCGUGCUCCUGGCUUUUGGAAACCUGCUGUUCCUGACCGGCCUCUUAUUCAUCAUCGGCCUGAGGAAGACGUUUUCCUUCUUCUUCCAGAGGCACAAGCUCAAGGGGACCAGCUUCUUCCUGGGGGGGGUAGUCAUUGUGCUCCUGCGUUGGCCCCUCCUGGGCAUGUUCCUGGAGACCUAUGGAUUCUUUAGCCUCUUCAAGGGCUUUUUCCCUGUCGUCUUUGGCUUCCUGGGCAAUGCUUCCAACAUCCCCUACCUGAGUGCGCUGUUCCGGAGGCUUCAGGGCACCAGAUCAAUGGUCUGAACGGCAGAGAUGAGCUCCUUGAACUUGGGUCAUUGGUUGAGGGGGCUGGAAAGGAAAUGGGGGCCGCCCCCACCCUGCACUGACUCAUCUCCCGACUCAUACCCAGACCUCUCCAAGUCCAGAAGGAGGACAGAAUUGAAUGACUGACCACAAAUCCCCAAGUCAACUCAAAAGGCUGUUGGCACGGCUGGGAGCGGAGAUCUGGGGGUGGGGGCGGGGGGCCCACGGAGACCGGACUGGGACUGGUAUCACAUCCUGCCCUGUAUUUAUGGGAGGAAAGCAAAGAGUAAAUCCCCAAGCUGUGUGUCUGAGACUCAAAGUCACUGUCUCCAGCC